AUGGCUGGAGGAGGGUGGAUUCCGCGGGAGCUGUCCCUGGCGACAGCGGCGGCGCCAGGGACGUCGGCGGGGGCGGGAGAGGGCAGGCGACUUCGGGGGUUGUCCGGCCAGCGCGCGCACCGGCGCACCGUGUCCUCGCUUUACGCCGAGCUGGGCGCGCUGCUCCACAACCUCCCUCCCACUCGGCCGGCGAGCCGGGAGGAGAUCGUGGACGCGGCGGUGGCGCAGGUUAAGGUGCUGGAGGACACGGCGGCCGUGCUGGAGGCGUGGCGCGCGGUACGGGAGCCUCGGGCUGCUGAGGUCGCCGUGUCCGGCGCGACGGUCUGCUUCUCCGCGCGGCUGCCGGCGCCGAGGGCCGGCGCGCUGACGCGCGUGCUGGAGGCGUUCCACCGGCGCGGGGUGGAGGUCCUGGUGGCGACGAUGGCACGCCACGGCGGCGGCGCUGUGGUCACGGUCACCGCGGCGGCCACGGCGCCGGAGGUCCUGGAGAUGGUCAGGGCGGACAUCGCCCGCAUCGACUGAUCAGUGCAUUUGCCUCGCAGCAAUGAAAUUUUUU